UGUUCAGUUUACCUUCAGUAACGGGCGCGAUCAGUCGUCUUUUCACAAACGUGUGCUCAGUGUCCGAAAACAGAAUACCGUGAAUUUUCAAAUCAAUAGCGAAUAAUCCGAUGAAAAUAUUUGAAACUGUGCAAUAUUUGUGAUUGAAUUUAAAUUCAAGUCGAUUGCAAGGUGUUUUAUUUAUUUAACCAGAGCUUUGAUCAAAUGGAACCAUACUUCUUCAACAACGGGGGAAGAUAAUUAGCCAAAUCAAAACCCAGCAGAACCUGUGAUCGGGAAUUGUAACGGUGGAAUCAUGGAUACCGUCUAUGGGACAAAGAAAUACUUCCAGAGCUUAUCCGGCGUGAGUGAUAUAUACAGGGCGCAGACAUGUCGGCAAAUGAGUGCGGAUUAUACAUACCAGAACACAGUUGGCCGGAGGUCUCAACUGGGGGCUUACUAUCACAUGAACAAGCAGCCCUCGUACACGAAUGAACACAGCCUGAACAGUCAGUAUGGGUACAAUACGUGGGGCAUCUGGCGGGAUGGAAGGAACAUUGCCCCGUCCACCUUCUCGGCAAAGACGCAUACUCAGUACCCCAAGAACCGAUCUUUUAGCAUCAUACUGACCACAGCUGCAUUUAUUGUCCUAUUGGCUGUCAUUUCCAUCGCCGGACUGGCAUUCUACUUUAGUUCUAUUAAAACCAAUCUAGAAGAUCCUGUCAUGGGCUUUGAGGGCUCCUUCCGCAUUGCCAAAGGGGAUCUCUUCUCCACGGGUCUUAAAUAUAACCACACAACCACCUACAAGCAGAAGAUUGAUUUCUACAAGAGGUUCGUGGAGCGAUCUAUGAUGGAUAAUGGAUUGCAGCCACUGCGUACUGAUGUCUGGGGUUUCGGCGAGGGUCCGCUGAUAAAGGUCUCAUUCCGGGUAUUUUUGGAUGUCCGCAAGCUGCCACAGAACAUUCUGAGCGUUGAGGAGUACAUCAAAGAAUCGCUGUUCCUGGAAACGUCUGCUACAAAGUCUCUUUACCGCUCACUGCGCUUGGACACGGAAUCGGUGGAGAUUAAGCGCAUCAUGGAUGAGCAGGUGGUGCGAUCUGCAGCUAUAUUAAAAGAAGCCCAAACUGUGCCCACUAGUCAAACCCAAUUGGAAAAGCGUCUCAUGAAAAAGGGAAGUACACCAGCUCCCACGCCACUUUAUCCAAAACCUUUGGGAGGUAACAGCACACCCAAGCCGAAGAAUCCCCUGUUGCGCAGUCAUUCAGCUGAUGAGGAGCCAGAUAUUGAUGUCGAGAAUGCCCCUGUUAUCCAAGGUUCAUUUGAGGGUUCCUUCGAGAUUACUAAAACAGAUGCCGACAUUGCCCGCAAGAAGACCCCGCCCACUCGCUCCUAUCAGGCCACCAGUAGCACCUUGCCACCCAAGGCCAUUGCCGUUACACCGUUUUCCUUAAGGGUAAAGCCCAAAAAGCCAAGCAUUGAGAAGCUAACGACUGUGAUGCCACAACAGGUGCCCACUGCCGGUCCUUCUAGCACCACCAGAGCAACCACCAGGGCCACCAAGGCAACUACUACGACAAAGAGAACCACCACGUCCACUACCAGGAAAACCACUACUACAACUACUCCUAAGCCUACGACAACUACUACAACAACAACGGAGCCAACUACUACUACUACUACAACGUCAACGACAACCCCACCACCACCACCCCCACCUAGUACCACCAGGGCCACCCCCACCACAACCACCUUUACCUAUCCCUCUGUAAGCACACCCACUCCAUCUCAAGGAGGAUCUUUGCCCAAAUUGGAUGCAAGCCUGUUCACCACCUUCCCAAUUUUGGAUACGCAACCUUGGAGACCCAUGCACAGAGAAGUUCCGGAACUGCUACCUGGUCCUCCACCUGCUUUUCCAACCAAGACGUUGCCAGGAGGAACCACUCCAACUGUGAACCAUAUACCACAAAGGAGAAUUGAUGAAUUCGAACUGCCUUUCAUUGGAGACAAUCCCACUCCUCCGACAGCAGCUGUGGCUCCAGUGACCAUUGAUCCUUAUAGUCUUGGAUUCCUUAACCCCGGAUUGCGAGUUCAAGAGCCAAAACCCAAUCUAGGGCCACAACCACAAGAUCAGGACAUGCUCUUCUACCACAACUUUGGCAGUCCAAUAUUUAUGCCGGGCACUGAGAACAUUGAGCGUUUGGGAGGAGCCCUGGUUGAACCACAUCCAUUGCCCGUUCCUCUCAUUGAUGAUGUUAUCAUACCUCCAUUCAAGCCUAUGGAAGCUACGAUGGGAACGGGUGAGAAACUCCCCUUCAAUCUGGAUGCUAGCAAUGAACGAUUCGAGCAUUUGGGUGGAGGAGUGAUUGCCAAGAAGCCACAGGAAAAGGUGGAAAAGAAAGAUCAGGCAGCCAAGAAAGACCCCAUAGUACAUUCAAUUAAAAAUGUGAAUCAGACUCUGCAUGAGAAGACAGAAGUUCAGGAAAAGAAAGUUCAGAAGACAGAUAAUCUUGAGGUAACCACUAAACAAGAAAUGAAGCUGAAAAAGGUGGAAGCCACCACAUCAUCCUCAAAGAUCGCAGUUAAUAGUUCACCAAAGCCAACCAAAUCUCCAUCCUUACCCUCACUGAAACCAACGGAUAAUUCUGUUUUGGCCGAUACCAUUGGUGAAUUCUUCAUGGAAUUACUAAACCUGCCGAAGGAGGAUAAUGCCACCGCAACUAAAAAACCAACACAAGACGCUAUAGAAUCCAGGAUAGAGCCUGAGGAGGAGGAGACACUGGAGACCUUGAAGACACAGAGCGUUAUACACUCCAAGCCGAACUUUAUGAACCUCAAGGAGAUCAUUCUGCAAAGAAAUACCCCGUCUUCGAUUCUCUCCAACGAAACUUUAGAUGACGAGACCACAACGACGACACCAAUCACAAUAACCACCACAACCACAACGGAGGAACCCAGUACCACUAAGAGAAAUCGCAUUCGGACUACCACUGAACGACCCACAAUGAUGGACGACUCAAAUUUGUUUCCCUCGCAUUCAAAGUGGGAGUUUGUUAACAGUUCCUCUGCCCAAGGAUAUGGUCAUAAUUCGAAUAUGAGGAAGGUCUUCAAUCAGACACUGCAAGCUUGGGUUUCGGAGGACAUUGACAAGUCGGAAAACCUAACACUGAAUGACAUCAAAACGAGGAUUAAUAAUGCUAGUAACAUUCAGGACAUAUCGCUGAUCUUCGAUACCCUAGCCUCCAAGUUGGGAAUUACUCCCAGUGUUCCAAACAAAUUCCCACCAUUUUCGCAGAACAAACUCAAGCAGGCUCCAAAAGAGGAAGUCAGAAGACCCAUUCCCACCUCCACUACUACUGAAGUACCAUUAGUAGUUCCGGAAUCAAUCCUUCCCCUAGACAGGGAACCUUUUAUAAAACCCAUGUCAAGUUUUAUGGAGGAUGGUUCCUCUGAAGUCCUAGGAGCAGCUAUUCCGGUGAUUGGAGAAGCAGAAGUAGAGGUCGUGGAUCCACUAAACUACGAGGAGAUGCUCAAGAUCUCGCAAUUCGCUGCCAGCACAACGGAACCCAGUGUCCACCGACUGGUAACAUUACUUCCGGUGAGAUCUAAUUCCGGAAUCCGAACAUAUAGACCACCAGCCGAGGAUGAGGAGACGCAGAGAAGUGCAAGUGCUCCGGUUCCAUUGCCUGCAUCGGCUCCUUCUCCAGGGAAGAUCAGCAUACGGCGCAAGAGCAACCUCAACCAGAGCCGGAGAUUCGGCCAACCACCCGCCGAGGCGGUGGUCAAGGGCGGCAUCCAGGUGACGGUCAAGAAGUGAUCACAGAGUCGGCCAAAUAGCUUCACCAUGAGAUUAGCAGAGAAACAAGUUCUACCAUAGAACUCAAUGAUUUAGCUUAUACCACUAUUUUGUUAGCUAUAAGUAGGGAAUAUAACUUUAGUUAGGUCGAUCGUGCAAAUAACGAAAUCUUGUUCGAAAAUUGUUUACACACUCACAUUGGAACAAUUUUGGAAUGACACUUCCGGUUAUACUUGGCCGUAUCUGCGACUGCCAGUCCUCAGUAUUUAAGACAAAUCACAUCACAUUCAUUGCCUAAGUAUCGGAUCUUUAGUUUGUAUACGAUCAUACUAAUUCCAAUAUUAUUUUUUUCAGUUCAUUGCGAUUCUUAUGUUAAUGUUAGCUUUGAAUAUAGUUUAGUUAUUAAGCUCGAUCUUUGAAUAAAUGUGAAUAAUUUAU